CCUAUUAAAGAAACUAAAUCUAUUGAAGAAGAGGUUGAUGAAACUCCUGAAACUAAUAAUAAUGAAAAAAUACUAAUUGAUAAAAAAUAUUUUCAAAGAAAUAGAAAUUGGAGAGAAACUAAUGCUAAACUUUUAAUAAUAGCUACCGAAAACAAUAAAGGAAAAAAAAUUUA